UUGCAAUAUGGCUGCGCGCGUGAUGCGGAAAAACUGAACUUUUCGCUUGAUGGCCGAGUUGUUGACUAUUUUGUUACCCAUCAUGAUAGUUGCUGCUGUGGUUGGGGGCUAUGUAUUUGCCUCACUUCUGCUGCUGAAGUUUCCCACUCUGCUCCACAAGAAGAAAGACAUUAAGUUCAAAUGUCGACAUAUCAGUCAUCGUGGGGGUGCUGGUGAAAACCUUGAAAACACAAUGACGGCUUUCAGACAUGCACAUGCGCUGGGUACAGAGAUGCUUGAGAUAGACUUGCAGCUCACCCGAGAUGGGGAGGUGGUGGUCUCCCAUGACAACACCCUUGAACGUACCGCGGGUCAAGAUAUCCUAAUAUCAGAAACUGAUUAUAAAGAUUUACCACUACUUAGACAUGCUCUCAAAUUAGACUUUGAUCAACGGUGCACAUGUGAAGGUAAAGAGGAUAGGAAGAUCCCGUUGUUACGUGAACUAUUUGAGGCAUUCCCUGAUUUGCCUAUCAAUAUAGAUAUCAAGUUUGAAAGUAUGGAUCUUAUAGAGAGGGUUAAUGAUUUAAUCCAGGAGUUCAACAGAGAACAUAUAACUGUAUGGGGGAAUAGAAGCACUAACAUUACUAAUAAAUGCUAUAAAAUGAAUCCAGAUAUUCAUGUGUUUGUGCCUUUAAAGAAAGUGGUUGGCCUGGUCAUAGCAUUCUACUUUGGUCUACUUCCAUUCAUACCACUUAAGGAGGGCUUUUAUGAGAUCCCUAUGCUUUCAAUGUUCAAGAGGCGAGAGAAAUUUCCUAAUUGGCAAAUGAGUCGUACCUUUAGGAUUUUGCUGACAGUAGCAACCAAUAUGAUACAAAGUAAGGCGAUGUUAAAACACCUUCGGGAACGAGGCAUUCAGGUAUACCUGUGGGUCCUGAAUGAUGAGGAGGAAUACGAGCAAGCAUUCAAACUCGGUGCGACCGGAGUCAUGACAGAUUUCCCAACGAAACUCCGAGAUUUCCUCGAUAAUCACCCCGAGUAUAUAAAAGAAUAAUAGGCGUGAACUGUCUGAUUGUAGAUCUGGAUUUAAUUCCAAGUGUUGUCUAGUGAUGAUAGCAUGCUAUUGACAAUAUUCUUGUUGGCUAGAUAAUGUUUAAGGAAUGCUACAAGUAAUGGUCACAAUGCUUUAACCUGGUGAGGGCAGAAUAUAGAUGGGGCUCUUGUGAGCUAGAUAAUGUUUUAGGAAUACUGCAAGUUAUAAAAGGCCAGUACAUAUACAUGUAGUAUCAAAGCUUUUCAAAAAAGAAAAUAUAUACUCAAGAACAGAAACUGAUCACUAUGCUAUUAUUGAUCUCCUCAUAAAAUGCUCAUCAUGAGCUUGCUAUCAAAUAGUCAUUUUUGGAAAUUUCUUGGAAACCAACUCUUGUGAUACGGGAAGAUCUGGACCAUUUACGGCUGUUUUAGGAAGUCUAACUUAAAUUACUGUGAUACAUCAUUGACAUACAUACAUGCGUAGAAGUUCUGAGUGGCACUGGUCAAGCCUCGAACCCACAACCUGCCAAUCGUAAAUUGCGCCUCAGUUCAUAUAAUUGUACCACUUAACCUUAUCAGGGAAUGUGUAAUGUGGGUCUGAGGUUUUUCCUCCAAACUUUUUGCUCAGCUAGGAAACAUGAAUUUUUUUAUGAAAGGAUUUCGCCUUCUGUGAAAUAUGUGUCAUAUACUGGCUUGUUGGGUACUGUAAGUGGAAACUGGGAAUAUUUUGCAUGAUUUUUGAUUUAAUGUUUUAGAUUUGCGAGAAAAAAACUCUGCGAAAAAGACAAUUGAAGUGAAAUUCCUGUUGUUCAGUGUUGUCAGAGCGCAAAAUCAAAGCUAUGCUGAAUUUACGAACUGCAAUUGCAGCGUAUAUUUUCCAGUUUACAAUGUGGUAUGCGUUGAUAAUCAGGGUGGGGCAAGAUGAAGUAAUCAAUUGACUAUAAAUGUGACAUGAUAUCAUGAGGUUAUGAUAUAUACCAUGUCUUUCUAUAAAACUGAAUCUUUAAAAGUUUUUUACACAGUUUCCGUUUAGUUGCUGGUUAGGUAUUUCUAAUUAUUGUGCUGUGGAGAAGGAAAAUGCCAUGCCCAUUCAAAAAUUUCGAUCAUUUUCUGACCAAGUGUAUGCUGUUUGGUUGUGGUCCUAUAUAAUAUGUUUAAGGCUUGAGCAAGUGUGGUUUCAUUGUAUCACUCAUGCAACAAUUUAUUUUUUUUCAUAAGUUAACGUAUCAAUUGCUAAUUAUGAUAUGUGCUGUGGAGAAGGAAAAUGCCAUGCCCAUUCAAAAAUUUCGAUCAUUUUCUGACCAAGUGUAUGCUGUUGGGUUGUGGUCCUAUAUAAUAUGUUUAUGGCUUGAGCAAGUGUGGUUUCAUUGUAUCACUCGUGCAACAAUUUUUUUUUCUUCAUAAGUCAACGUAUCAAUUGCUAAUUAUGAUAAAUAAUUGCAUUCACUUUUAUUUAGGUCAGCAUACUUUGUACUGUAAAUGUUUUUACAAUAUUGGUGAUAUAUAAUCCUUUUAAUUUUUAGUACAUUUUUCUGUGUGUUAGUUAUGUGUUGAUCUCAGUCUUAGUCUGCAAAAUAUGUUAAUAUCUGUUGCAUGUUUUAGUAAAUUUCCUCGUAAAAAAUAACCAAGUGUACAAUUUGUCCUAAAGGCGGACUAUAUAGGCAGGAGAUGGGGGGGUCAAAUUGGUGGUAUUUAGGUGACUUAUAUGCAUAGUUCGUGUUUGAUUCAGUGAUAAAUGUAUUCCUCGUACAAGCAUGGAUAGUUUUGAUAUUCGGUGAAAUAGGAAAGACUCCUGUUGGUAACUUAGUUUAACUCAAUCUGACCUAUCUGGCUCCUGCCUUUAGACCCUUUAAAAGAGCCAUUUUCCAGCUGAUAACCUGGUAUUAUGAUUUCUAAUUUGAACAGAGACUUGACCUGGUGCUGAUAAAGUAUUUUUUUCUUCAGCUUUUGUUCGCCAUAUUGGAAACCAAGCAGUAUUAUUCAUGUAAUAUUUCGGUCACUGUAAACCUGUAAACCUGUAAACCUUCCCUUGUAACAGUCUCGUCUGAAGUGCCAUCCCCAACAACAGAACAUAAGGUCAGUAACCAGCAGUUUCAUAAACUGAGUAUAACCAUCCUGAGGAAAUCAUGGGCUAAUGUUCGCGUCUCCAGCUCCGAGAUCAGAGAUUUAACUGACAACCAAAUAGCUUGAUGUGCUAGUAUUUGCUAGGUUUUCACAACCCUUUUUAGAGGGAACACAAAAUUACCAUUUUAUGGACAACAGGCUUUAGUGAAAUACAGGAAGGUAUGCCUGUCUAAUCGUUCAAUAUUGCUGCUUAAUAGUGAACUGUUUUGCAUAGUCCUAUUGGAAUAGAAUCAUGUGCUAUGAGGACAGGAUGUGCAAAUGAUGUGUUCAGGUGCCAAAGACGCCUAACGCCAUUCUGAAAAAAUCCGGAUAACUAGGGUCACAGUAUCCCAAGCUAUAUACCGAAGCGUUUCAUUGCAAACCCAUAUAGUCCUAUCUGAACUCAAGAAGAGUUAUGUUUACUCAAAAAGACCUAAAGUGGUUUUAGGUGCUUCUGAAUCUUUAUGAAUAGAAUAGAUAAAGAUCUUGUGAAAUAUA